UUCUAUAAACAAAGGCCAUAGUUGUCCUCUCCUCAAACUUUGGUCGAGAUACAUUAGAACUGCCCUACAGCAGCCGUUGCUUCCUUGGACAUGAUUUCUUGUAUCAAUCCGGGACCUGUUCUUCCUUGAAAUUUCUGUCUUGUUUCUUCUAUCAGUAAUUCUCUGACAGCCAUGGCCAUCAAGAAAAAUCCAUGGCUGAUACUUUCCGUACUCUUCAUGUAUUUUUCUAUCAACUGCCAACUCUUUUUUGGAGCUGACACCAUCUCAGUAAAUCAAUCCCUGUCCGGUAAUCAUACCAUCGUUUCAUCGGGUGGAAACUUCGUUUUGGGUUUCUUCAAACCAGGUAACUCUUCCAACUACUACAUAGGAAUGUGGUAUGGAAAGGUCUCUGAACAGACCCCAGUUUGGGUUGCAAACAGAGAGACACCAGUCCGUGAUAUAUACUUUUCAGAAUUAAAAUUAUCUAAUGGUAACUUAGUUUUGUUUAACGAGUCCCAAGUACCGAUUUGGUCCACAAAUAUUAGCUCAACCAACUCAAGUUUUGUAGUUGCUGUUCUUGAGGAUGGUGGGAAUCUAGUUUUAAGAGAUGGAUCCAAUUCAUCGACACCGCUGUGGCAAAGUCUUGAUCAUCCAACACACACAUGGCUUCCUGGUGGCAAGCUUAGCUUAAAUAAACGAACCAAUCAAAGCCAACUUCUUACUUCAUGGAAAAAUUCAGAGGAUCCUGCACCGGGUCUCUUCUCCCUUGAGCUAGACCCCAAUGGCACCAAUCAAUAUUUUAUACUAUGGAAUAAGACUGAAAAUUACUGGACGAGUGGACCUUGGGAUGAACAGACAAGGAUUUUCAGCUUAGUUCCAGAAAUGAGAUUGAAUUACAUCUACAACUUCAGCUAUGUUUCAAACGAAAACGAGAGUUAUUUUACUUAUUCGCUUUAUAAUCCUGCUAUCAUAUCUCGAUUUAUUAUGGAUGUUUCGGGGCAGAUAAAGCAACAGUCAUGGUUGGAAAAUAGCAAGCAGUGGAAUUUGUUCUGGUCACAGCCGAGACAACAAUGCCAGGUUUAUGCUUUUUGUGGGGCUUUUGGCAGCUGCAAUGAAAAAGGUCUGCCUUUCUGUAAUUGUUUGACGGGUUUCCAAUCAAAGUCAGCAAGCGAUUGGAAUCUGAGCGAUUAUUCUGGUGGGUGUAAAAGGAAAACCAAGCUGCAAUGUGAGGAUGCCAUUCUUGCUAACGGAAAGAGUGAUAAAUUUUUAGAAAACCCCAACAUGGUGUUGCCUCAUCAUGCCCAGUCUGUGACCGUUGGGAGCAUUUCGGAAUGUGAAUCAAGCUGCCUCCAGAAUUGCUCUUGCAGUGCUUACGCUUACGAUAGUGAUGGAUGUAAAGUUUGGAUGGGAGAUCUCUUGGAUCUGCAACAACUUGCGGAUGAUGCUAGCAAUGGAAAAACUAUAUAUAUCAGGCUAGCGGCAUCUGAGUUUUCGAGUUCCAGGAACAAUAAGGGAAUAAUUAUUGGAGCAGUUGCAGGUUCUGUAGGUUUAGUCCUAGUCCUUGUAAUGUUUGCAAUCUUGAGAUGGAGGAGGCGAAGGAUGAAAACUCCAAAACCAGUUGAAGGUUCACUUUUGGCUUUCGGAUAUAAGGAUUUACAGAGAGCAACCAAGAAUUUUUCUGAAAAACUGGGGGGAGGAGGCUUCGGCUCUGUUUUCAAAGGAACAUUGCCUGACUCGAGUGUCAUUGCUGUGAAGCAGCUUGAGAGCGUCAGUCAGGGAGAGAAGCAAUUUCGCACAGAGGUCAGCACAAUUGGGACAGUUCAACAUGUUAAUCUUGUGCGGCUUCGUGGGUUCUGCUCUGAAGGUACAAGAAAGUUGUUGGUAUAUGAUUUCAUGCCAAAUGGUUCUUUGGAUGCCCAUCUUUUCCAUGAAAAGAAUUCCAAAGCUCUAGAUUGGAAAACAAGGUACCAGAUUGCACUUGGUACAGCUAGAGGCUUAUCUUAUCUUCAUGAGAAGUGCAGAGAUUGUAUCAUUCACUGUGACAUCAAGCCUGAAAACAUUCUCUUAGAUGUUGAAUUCUGUCCAAAAGUCGCCGAUUUUGGCCUGGCAAAGCUUGUUGGGCGGGACUUCAGCAGGGUCCUGACAACUAUGAGAGGUACAAGGGGCUAUCUUGCACCAGAGUGGAUUUCAGGAGUCGCCAUUACAGCUAAAGCUGAUGUCUACAGCUAUGGGAUGAUGCUUUUUGAGUUUGUGUCAGGAAGGAGAAACUCUGAACAAUCUGAAGAUGGAAAAGUUAGAUUCUUUCCAACUUAUGCUGCUAGCCUAAUAACUCAAGAUGGUGAUGUCCUUAGCCUGUUAGACCCCCGAUUGAAUGGAGAUGCCCCUGUAGAAGAGCUAUCAAGAAUAUGCAAAGUGGCGUGUUGGUGUAUCCAGGAUGAUGAACCUCACAGGCCAUCUAUGGGUCAGGUAGUUCAGAUCCUAGAGGGGGUUUUGGAUGUGAACCUGCCUCCAGUUCCAAGAUCUCUACAGGUGUUUGUAGACAACCAGGAGCAAAUAAUCUUCUUCACCGAGUCAUCCUCAAGUCAGAGUUCACAUGCACAGAGCAACAUUUCAACUGCUUCUUCUAAGGUUAAGAGCAGCGCAUCAUCAAUGAGUUCAUAAAUCAUAAAAAGAAAUGUCUGGAAAGAAGUUGAAGUAGAUAGGUUUCGUCACGUAUAUGUAUUUUUAGAGUUGUCUCUACACUCUUUUCUGCUUAAGGCCCAAGUCAUUCUUCUUAAUAGUUGCUCUAUUUAUGGAGACUGGAGACUGGAGCAUGUCGCUAUAGCAUGAGAUAAUAUAUCUGGUUAUGGAUGUUUCUAUGUUUCUAUGUUCAUUACAGAUCAUAUUCAUGGAAACAGCUUAAAAUCUUCACAGUAAAUGCAUAAUUAUGCAUUAAAAUGAGGAUAUAGAAAUUGAAAUUGCCUUCCUUUACCCUU